AGGGAGUCCUGUACAGCCGGGGCUUCCCGGGACGGCGGUGACCAUGGAUCGCAGGAAGAAGCCACUAGACGUCACGGCCUCCUCGUUAGUUGACCUCAAGGCUGAACUUUUCCGAAAACAAGAAGAAUUUAAACAAGAAAAACUUCUCAAAGAUGCUGGAGUUCCAGGGAAACCAAAAUCAGCCAACAAGAAACCAAGUAUCUGGAACAAACAGAAUGCUGGUGUUUCAGAACGGGCUGAAAAAGAUGCUGAACAGAAAUCUGAAGAGCAAAAGACAUUAGAUAAGUCAAGGGAAAAAUUAGAAGAGAAAGCCAAAUUGUAUGAGCAAAUGACUAAAGGAGACUUCUUAGAUGAAGAAACAGAGGAGAUGUACCUUGUGGAUUUCACCCAAAAGAUCAUAGACAAACGGAAAGAAGUACAGGCCUUAAGCCUGAACAAAGAAUCUAAAAAGACAACAGCAAAGGAGGCAGAUGGAGAUGAAGGUCUAUCUGAAGUAGAUAUCCCUCCUCCCCAAGACCCCAGUGAAGAAUGGGUUGAUUAUGUGGAUUCUUUAGGCCGUUCUAGACGCUGCAUGAAGAAAGACUUGCCAGGCCUUUUGGAAAUGGAUAAAAAUCUUCGGGGAAAGCUGUACGUGUCUUUGUACGUUACUGACAAAACUCUGUUGUCUGAGGACAUGAAAAGAGAGCUCCAGCGACAGCAGUGGGAAGAGGAGGAAAGAGAGGCCCUGAGCAGACCAGUGGGGCCCGUCCAUUACGAGGACAUUCGAGAAAAUGAGGCCCGACAGCUUGGCGUUGGCUAUUUUGCCUUUGCCCGGGAUAAAACCAUGAGAAACAAGCAAAUGGAAACGUUAGAAAUGCUGCGAGAACAGACUACAGACCAAAGAACCAGACGAGAGAACAUCAAAGAAAAGAGAAAAGCUUUGCUGGAUGCCAGACUUGCAAAACUGAGGCAAAGAAAGAUGAAGAAGCUAAAUGACGAUGGGGCUGAAGAAGAGAAUGGAGAAAAAGAGGUUAUUGGGCCUUUCCCACCUGAACCAGAACCAGAACGGACCCCCAUUACCCAAAGGAGCAAAGUAGAAGUCAUCAUCCAGGAGAGAAAAGACACCAAGCCAGGCGUCCCUUAUGUCCGCGAGUGGGACCGAGGGAAAGAAUUUUCUUUCGGACACUGGACAAAGAAGCAGUCAGAACUCAGGGCUGAAAGAGAUCCCGAGUUUGCCCCACCGUCGGAUUACUUUUUGGGUCAGAAGAGAACUGGUCAUUUCAGUGGCCAGACUUGGAACCACGCUGGACCUUCACAUGACACCUCAGGGCUUGACUCUAGCCAGAGCAGUGAAUCCACCCCGAAUACUUUCCCCAAUCCACCAAGACAAGCCCCAAGCCCUCCUUACCAAAGUCUGGACGAUAUGCUCUCCUAUUACAAACAAGUGACAUAAGUGUGAAGAGUCCUCACACAGCAGCUUCUGCUCUGUUGACUCCCUUCUUUGAAGGAAGAAUUUAAAUUUCAUAACAUUUAUUUUCUCCCCCUUGCUCCUUCCGUGGGAGGUGAGAUCACUGCGUGGUCAAUAAAGAAAUCUAAGUUAUUCAAACACUUAAUAUGGAAAAGAAGAGACCAGGAAAAAGGAGACCUGAGGAAUUCUGCUGCUCCUGGGCUGAACCAGCGUGUAUCAUUCUAAUGGGAUUAAAGCGCAAUUGGAAUUGUAAUGGAAAUAUUCUUUCAUAUUUGAAAUAUUAGAAUGGAUUCUGAGCAAAAAAAAAAAAAUCCCUGUGCCUUCCUGUUGCCGAGUCUUCCUGUUGUAAUAGUUGCGGUCCGCUCUUUAGGAGCGUACUAGACGUGGCAAAUGGUUAUCCUGAAAGGAUUCCACUUGCAGAUGGGUUCAUUUUAGUAAGUUAAGAAGAAAUCUUCCCUGUGAAGCGAUGUUAGGGAGGUGAGGCAAGCCGGGCAUUCCAUACCCAAUUGGACCGCCCGUCUGAGAAAAUAAAGCUGCCGAGCCUCAGGCUGAAACAGUCCAGGCCAGCUGCUUAAUUAGAGCGGGCCUCGGUGGGAGAGUCAUGCCAGGCCCAAAGAAUGAGGCCCGAGUUCAAGGCCUGCCUCUGCCGGCCCUGGGUCAGCCCCUUCUCUCCCCCAGGACUGCACAGAAGUUGCCUGGCUGCCUCCGUCAAAGGAGUUUUCCUAUCAGGAGCUCCUAAGAAAUGUUUCAUUUUUAAAGAUCUUAAGUGACUAUCACAGGACCUAGAAUGGGACCUUGUACAUAGCAGGCCCUCAAAUAAGUAUGUGUUGACUGAAUGUUAGACCAGAUAGUCCGUCUAGUCAGAACACACUGAAAACAGGACUUAUUUCUCAUAGUUAUUGGUAUUCAUUAGAAUGGACAUUUAUUACCAGCCACAGAA